AUGGCAGUCUCCCUCGACCUCAAGGUGGACGACGAAGACGUCGAGGUGGAGGUGGUCGAUGUGGAUGAAGGGGUGGUUGAGGACGGGGAACUGGAAGUAGUGGGUGGCGUUGAUGUCGUAGAUGAGGUUGAAGGUACGGUGGAGGACGAGGUCGGCGGGACAGUAGAAGAUGAAGUGGACGGUACAGUGGAAGACGUGGAUGACACAACAGAAGAUGAGGUGGACGAUGAAGUGGACAGGGGAGCUACCAGUGCCGCCAAAGAUGAGGUCGACGAUUCAGUAGAAGAGGCUGACGAUGUUCCAGAAUACGUCGAAGAAGUAAUGGAAGACGAAGACGUAGUAGACGGCAAGGUGGAAGACGUGGACGAUACAACGGAAGAGGAAGUAGAAGAUGAGGUCGAGAGUGGGGCUAGCAGUGCCGUCAAGGACGAGGUUGAGGAUACAAUGGAAGACGAGGUGGAAGGUACAGAAGAAGAUGAAGCGGGCGAUGCAGAAGACGACGAUGUGGAAGGUACAGAAGAAGAUGAGGUGGGGGGUACAGUGGAAGAACCUGAGACUGCGGUGGACCAAGUAGACGUGGUAGAGGCAGCAGCGGAACUCAAAGCGGACGACGAUGACGAAGAGGACGACGUAGACGAAGACGAAGGAUCGGCAAAGAGCAAAGCCGCAACAGAGGCCGACGACUUGACGCCGCACCGGCCAUUGGUGCUCGGGGGCCCAACAGACGGCGUUGCCGACGCGCUUGUCGUCGUUGAGGUCCGCGACGAGGAAGACGACGAGGACGAGGGCGAGGACGUGGCCGAGCUGGUGCUGCUGCUGGUGCUCGAGCUAAUGAGACUGGAGCUGCUGAUGGUGCUCGUACUGCUCGAGCUGGAGCUACUGGAGCUGCUGGAACUUGAAACGCUUGAACUCGAGCUCGAGCUUGCAGUGCCACACUGCCCAUAUAGGGGUUGGCAGCCGGUUCCGCAGUGGGCGGUAGUACCGCCGCACCACCCUGCCGAGGAGCAGCACCUAUCUGUGCCCUGGUUGACGCACGUCAUGCCGCUGAAGUUGAUGCCACAGCGGCCAUUAGUGCUAGGUAUUCCCACAGAUGCCGUUGCCGAUGCACUCGUCGUCGUUGUAGUGGGCGACGAAGACGACGUGGACCCAGCGCUGCUGGUGAUGCUCGAGCUACUUGAGCUGGAGCUGGAGCUGGAGCUGGAGCUACUAGUGGUGCUGAUGGAACUGCUUGAACUGAUAGAGCUUGAGCUGGAGCUGGUGCUGCUUGAAGCGCUUGAGCUCGAACUCGAGCUUGCGGAACCACACUGCCCGUAA